AUGGAGCUCAACUUCCUCUCUAGAGCUCUCUUCUUCUUUCUUCUGCUCCUCACAAUCUUUUCUUCUUUAUCUUCUUCAAGUUUCAUCUCAGAUGGUGUGUUCGAGUCUCAGUCUUCGGUUAUUGGAAGAAACCUACUUCAGACCAAGAAAACAUGUCCUGUGAACUUUGAGUUUUUGGACUACAAGAUCAUUACAAACCAGUGCAAGGGUCCCAAAUUCCCACCAAAGGAAUGUUGCGCCGCCCUCAAGGAACUUGCGUGUCCUUACGUCGACCAGCUCAACGACCUGAGCUCAGAUUGUGCAACUACUAUGUUCAGUUACAUCAACCUCUACGGAAAAUACCCGCCUGGACUUUUCGCUAACCAGUGUAAAGAAGGUAAAAAUGGUCUCGAGUGCCCUGCUUUGCCUCCUGGUUCAGCAGCAGACGCAAACGCUAACGCAGCCACCACCACCACCGCUUCUUCUCGUCUGUGGCUAACCGUUUCUGCAGCUUUCUUGGUUUUUGUUAAGUUGUUCUGA